UUUCCGGGGGGGGGGGGGAAAUGGUUGUGGCUGUCGGACUCGGUGUAACCCGCAAAAGUGUCCCCCAUAUCCCGGAAGUGGCCGGAGAAACCAUGAGCCGACAUCAGCUGCUGCCCACCCUUUUACUCCAGAUCCAGAAAAUCCACACCACGGGGCAACACCUGAAAUCCAAAACCGGGGCAGAGCAUCGCUGGCUGCAGAGACAUUUCCGAGACCCAUUUGUGAAGAGAGCCAAAGAGAGGAACUAUCGUUGCCGAAGUGCCUUCAAAUUGCUGGAGAUUGACGACAAACAUCACCUCUUUCGGCCUGGGCUGCAUGUCCUUGACUGUGGGUCGGCCCCUGGAGCCUGGGCCCAGGUGGCUGUGGAAAGGGUCAAUGCCGCAGGAUCUGACCCAAAACUUCCCGUCGGCUUUGUCCUCGGAGUUGAUCUUCUUCACCUCUUCCCUCUGGAAGGAGCGGUUUUUCUCCCUCACGCCGAUAUCACAGAUCUGGCCACCCACGAGGAGAUCCAAACCCUUCUCCCGAAAGGCAAAGUGGACAUCAUCCUAAGCGACAUGGCACCGAACGCCACCGGCAUCCGGGAAUUCGACCAUCAGAAGUUGAUUCAUCUCUGCCUGUCCCUUCUGGAUCUGGGCCGAGGCAUUUUGCAGCCGGGAGGGAUCCUGCUGUGCAAAUUCUGGGAUGGCAAGGACAGCCACCUCCUCCGAAGCCGGCUGUUGCAAGAUUUCCAGGAAGUGAAGACCCUGAAGCCUCAAGCGAGCAGAAAAGAAUCAGCCGAGACUUUUUUCUUAGCCAAAACCUACCGAGACGUGUCAGAGGUGCAGCUGAAUAAACUUGAAUAGCUCCAUCAUG